CCUAAACUAAGAAGGAUUAUCAGUCUGGCUCCCAGGUGGCCAGGCAGGCGGGGAGAGGGGCCAAGGAACCCUCUGGAAGAAUCAGGAUGUGGUCCCAGCUGUCCGAGUGGAUUUGGCAGGAGAGAUUAUGGCUACCACCCAACAUCACGUGGGCCGACCUGGAGGACAGAGACGGGCUGGUCUUUGCCCACCCUGGAGACCUGCUGGUGGCCCUGCCCCUGGCGCUGGCCCUGCUGGCCCUCCGCUUCAUCUACAAUAGAGUCAUCAGCGUGCCUCUAAGUCGCCGGAUGGGUGUUCGGGACCAGACCCGGAGGCCUGUGCAACCCAACCCCACCUUGGAGAGACAUUUUCUCAAGAAGGGCCGGAGACCCAAGACGCCUCAGAUGACCCGCCUGGCUGAGGAAUGUGGCCUGUCACUGAGACAGACCCAGUGCUGGUUCCGGAGACGCCGCAACCAGGACAGGCCGUGCAUGACCAAGAAGUUCUGUGAGGCCAGUUGGAGGUUUCUCUUCUACUUUUGCUCCUUCUUUGGUGGCCUCUCGGUCCUCUACCACGAGUCCUGGCUGUGGAGACCCGUCAUGUGUUGGGAUAGUUACCCAUACCAGCCCUUGAAGCUGAGCCUGUAUUAUUGGUACCUCCUGGAAUUGAGUUUCUACAUCUCGCUGGUGAUGACGCUGCCCUUUGAUAUCAAACGCAAGGAUCUGAAGGAGCAGGUGGUGCACCACUUCACGACCAUCACCCUCAUCACCUUCUCCUACAGCUCGAACCUGCUCCGCAUUGGCUCGCUGGUGCUUUUGCUGCAUGACACGUCUGACUUCCUGAUGGAGUUCUGUAAGAUGUGUCACUACUCGAAGCUUCAGCGGGUGUGUGACGGGUUCUUCAUCGUCUUCGCCUUGGUCUUCCUCUACACACGCCUAGUGCUCUUCCCCACCCAGAUCCUCUACACUACGUACUACGAGUCCAUCAUUGAUCACGGCCCCUUCUUCGGCUAUUACUUCUUUAACGGGCUUCUGAUGCUACUGCAGCUGCUGCACGUGUUCUGGUCCUUCCUCAUUCUGCGCAUGCUCUACAGCUUCACCCAGAAGGGCAAGAUGGAGAAAGAUGUUCGUAGCGACGUGGAGGAGUCAGAAUCCAGCGAAGCGGAAGCCGAGGAGAUGCGAUCUCUCAAGAAUGGGGUGACCUGUGGACCAGGGAUUGUGUCCCCCAAUGGCCUGCGGAGCCGGGUGGCCGGGCAGCUAGCCAAUGGGCAGGCACAUGGUGGCCACGUGGCCAGCUAAGCACUGGCCAGGGGCCAAUUCUGUGUGUGGGAGGGGGACAGGGAAGGCCCCACCCUGGGGUGAGGGGCCAGGGCUGAUGAUCUGUCCCCUGCCCUCCCCUUCCUUCUACUCACGCAUCUUCCUCCCCUGGAGAGAGCCCUGGGACUCUGGAGGGCAUGGGUAGGACCCCAGGCUGAAGGGGAGGACACAGUCUAAUAAAACUUGAAUUGGAGCCAG